CGCAAGACAACACAUUAUGCCGGAAUAAAAUAAAUUCUAACCUCUAAUUUUAUGUUAUUUGCGAACAAAAUUGUUAGAUAAAUCUAAUAAAUUUAUUAUAAUUAUGACUAAUAUAAGCGACGGAGUAUGUGCAAUUAAAGAAGAAUAUAUAGUAAAGAGGACAACUAAUAUUGAUACAGAAAGUAGUUCUAAUUCAAUAAAAAGAAAACUUGACGAUACUGGCGACUGCAAGGAUAAUAAUGGUGACAAUAAGCUAUCAAAAAAUAAUAAUACUGAUAAUAUAUGGACAAAACAUAAAAAGAGGGGUCAGAACAAGGCGAGACCAAAAACAUUUCAUGAUAACAAAGAAGACAAGCCUUGCCCUAGCAUUGUGGAUGUAAAAUGUUCGGAUGAAGUAAAACCCUGCCAGUAUACAAACUGUAAAUUUAUACAUAAUCCUAGUGAUUAUUUAACUACAAAACCUAAAGAUAUCAGUCAAAAGUGUCAUAUUUUUGAUAUUCGUGGUAAAUGCCCUAGGGGUAUAGCUUGCCGGUUUGGUUCAGAACACAUAACGCCCGAAGGUUACAAUUUAGUCAAUGAGGAAAAAUUUAUGAAAUGGAAAGAGGAUACCCAAAACACACUGCAACAUACACUUCAAAUACAGCUCCAAAAGAGGACAUAUGAUUUAAGUUUUGCUGAAAAACUUGUUAAAUUGAUGGAUACAAGAAAUAAAUCUUUAGAAAAGACUUCAAGUGACCUUGAAAAUACUACUACGGAAAAUACUGUAGAUAAAGAAAAAAAAUUCAGUGGUACCAUUACUGAUGAAGAUAUUAUCAAACUUCUUCCCAGGGAAAAGAAAACCAUAAACUGGGAAAAUAAAUUAUAUCUCAGUCCACUCACUACUGUGGGUAAUUUACCUUUCAGAAGAAUUUGUAAACAGUAUGGUGCAGACAUUACAUGUGGUGAAAUGGCAUUGUGUGAAUCCUUGCUUAAAGGUACUAAACAAGAAUGGGCACUAGUAAAACGGCAUGAGUCUGAAGAUAUUUUUGGGGCACAAAUAUGCGGAAAUAAUGCAUAUAUAAUAACGAAAGUUGCACAGCUUUUGCAAGAAAAUGCUCACCUUGACUUUAUAGAUUUAAAUCUUGGGUGUCCUAUUGACUUAAUUUACAAGAAAGGAGGUGGCAGUGGAAUGAUGCACCGUUUGCCUACACUUCAAGCUUCCAUAACAUGUGCUUCAAAAUUACUUAAUAUACCAUUUACUAUUAAAAUGAGAACAGGUGUUUAUCAAAACAAAAAAAUUGCCCACACCAUUAUUCCAAAAGUUGUUGAAGCAGGUGUCUCUAUGGUAUGUCUACAUGGAAGAUCGAGAGAAGCAAGGUACACUAGAUCAGCGGAUUGGGAAUAUAUUGAAACUUGUGCUAAAGCUGCUGCCCCUUGCCCUGUCUUUGGUAAUGGGGAUAUUUUAAAUUAUGAAGAUUAUGUACAAAGGAGGGAAAUGGCACCAUCAAUUCAAGGUGUAAUGAUUGGCCGCGGAGCAUUAAUUAAGCCUUGGGUAUUUACAGAGAUUAAAGAACAGAGACUUUGGGAUAUAAGUAGUAAAGAGAGAUUUGAAAUUAUCAAGAAAUACACAAAUUAUGGGCUUGAACAUUGGGGUUCAGAUGUACAAGGAGUUGAGAAUACUCGAAGAUUUUUAUUAGAAUGGCUAUCCUUCUUGUAUCGUUAUGUUCCAGUGGGACUCUUAGAAAGACCACCUCAAAAAAUUAAUGAGAGACCACCCACAUACUUUGGUAGAGAUGACCUGGAGACACUGAUGGGAUCAGCAAACUGUGUAGAUUGGAUAAAAAUUAGUGAAAUGUUAUUAGGACCAGUUCCAGAUGGAUUUAAAUUUUUACCAAAACAUAAAACUAAUUUGUAUCAAUGAGUGUAGUCCUAGAUUUAUAAGUAUUAUAAUUAAAAUAUAAGUUGUUAUGUUUUAUUAAGCUUGUUUGACUGGUGAAAUUUCUUUUAAGUAAGUACAUAAUUACUACACACAUAAUAUU